GCGGCUCCUCCUCUCCUCUCUCUGCCUGGGGAGGGGGGCCAGAACUGAUCCCUGCGGUAUGAUUCGUUCUAGGAGGCCGCGUAGGACCUAGUCCUGGCAGCCUGGGCUGGGGGCGUAGCCCCAAAUGACAUCUACGGCCCCCAGGGCCUGUCAGGUUUGGGGCAGGCUAGGCGAACAAGCCAGGGGGAGCCGCCGCCCCUCCCUGUUGCUCAGCGUCAUGCGUGACGUCGGGUUUGAUGGCUGCGAGGGCCGCAGCCGCGCGGAAAGGAAGGCGGGUCUGAGAACUGCAGAGGCAGGCAACCCCGGAAAGCAAAAUGGGUGAAUUGCCUUUAGAUAUCAACAUCCAGGAACCUCGCUGGGACCAGAGCACUUUCCUGGGCAGAGCCCGACACUUCUUCACUGUUACUGAUCCUCGAAAUCUGCUGUUGUCUGGAGCACAGCUGGAAGCUUCUCGGAACAUUGUGCAGAACUACAGGGCUGGUGUAGUGACCCCAGGGCUCACCGAGGACCAGCUGUGGAAGGCCAAGUAUGUGUAUGACUCUGCCUUCCAUCCAGACACAGGGGAGAAGGUGGUCCUGAUUGGCCGCAUGUCAGCCCAGGUUCCCAUGAACAUGACCAUCACUGGCUGCAUGCUUACCUUCUACAGGAAGACCCCAACCGUGGUGUUCUGGCAGUGGGUGAACCAGUCCUUCAAUGCUGUUGUUAACUACUCCAACCGCAGCGGCGAUGCUCCCAUCACCGUGCAGCAGCUGGGAACAGCCUAUGUGAGUGCCACCACUGGGGCUGUGGCCACAGCUCUGGGACUCAAAUCCCUCACCAAGCACCUACCUCCCUUGGUUGGCAGAUUUGUGCCCUUUGCAGCUGUGGCUGCUGCCAACUGCAUCAACAUCCCACUGAUGAGGCAGAGGGAGCUGCAGGUGGGCAUCCCUGUGACUGAUGAGGCAGGCCAGAGGCUUGGCCACUCAGUGACUGCAGCCAAGCAGGGCAUUUUCCAGGUGGUGGUAUCAAGAAUCUGCAUGGCGAUUCCUGCCAUGGCCAUUCCCCCAGUGAUCAUGGAUACUUUAGAGAAGAAAGACCUCCUGAAGCGCCGCCCCUGGCUGGGGGCACCCCUGCAGGUGGGACUGGUGGGCUUCUGCCUGAUAUUUGCCACUCCCCUGUGCUGUGCCCUGUUUCCCCAGAGAAGCUCCAUACAAGUGAACAGGCUGGAGCCGGAGCUGAGCGCUCAGAUCCAUGAGCAAAACCCUGGCACCGAGGUGGUUUACUACAACAAGGGGCUUUGAGGAGGGUCAGCCUCUGUCCUCUACCUCACUUCCCUGAGCUGCUACUUUAGUGCCGCCCUUCCCAUCUAUGCCACUGCCCAUCAGCCUGGUACUGGGCAGCAGGCAUGGUAGGUGAGCAGUCACUGAGAGCAGCAAUUCAUUAGGCUGGGGGAAGUGUCCCCCAUAAGUCUUUUUCUUUCCUCUGAUUUCAGAGAGCAGGGUCACAUGACCCCUCCCUUCCUGUGCUUGUGUGUCUGCACACAUACAUACAUGAUACACAUAUAUGUUUAUACAUUUGUUCCUGGAAGCUGAGAGUAGACAUGCUACCGUGGGAUGUUCUAAUAUCUGGCUUCCCUUCUCAACCUCCUGUCCACCUACCAGCAAGCCAGGUUACAGGUGGGACUUUUUUUCCUUUCCUAAAUUGUUCCAUGGGCCAAAUCAUUUCUGACAGCACCUCACCCUUUCUGGACACAGGAAGAGCCCUGGGAUCUCAGGACAAAGACUGAGGGACACUAGCAGGCCAAACUGGACGGAAUACUUCAGAUUUAUGGCACCUAACUGCCAAAGCUAGCUCAAGACCUGGGCCAGCAGAGGAAGUCAUGUUUGAAGCCAGGAGGCAGGGACUUAUGUGUCACUUGGUACCAUACCCAACCUCCUGGAAUAGAUCCAUAUCCUCUCCUUUUCUUUACCAGAACAAAGGAGUGUCAGUGUCCUGUACUGCCCUUGUUUCUCCCAUGUGGGCAUCUUUAGGCACAAUUUGAGGAUUUGUUGGUUUGCUCUGACAUCAUAAUCUCAAAUGUGUAUCUGACAAUCCCAACUCCUCUCCUGAACGGAAAACCACACGGGCAGAGUGAGCCUUCUCCUUUAGGAGUUACCAUCACACCUGCUCACAAGGGGACAUGUAUGGGAAUGGUGCUUAAACUCCACAGGCCUGAAGCUUGUAAUUUAAAGACAGGGAAUUUUGUGUUCCAUGGACCUGUAAGACAGUCACCAUAACUCCUCCAUUGGCUCCUUCCUUCUCUUCUUUUGUGGUGCUGGGGUUCAAGCCCAGGGCCUCACACAUGCUAAGCAAAUGCUCUAUUACUAAGCUAUGCCCUCAGCCCUUUCUUCUCUUUCUUGAGACUUGGCCCUUCUUCUACCCUCACAUUCAAGAAGAGGAAGGGCCCAGGUUCAAUGUCUGGACCAAAUGGAAGAUGGGCUUGGGGAUGGAAUGGGUAGCAGUGAAUCCAGAGAGUAGAGUUAAACCUGGACUCCGAUUCCCAUGACCUCUGGCUGAAGAGUGGGUGGGGUGGAUAAAAGGAUCCCAGUGGAUCUUCUGAGAUCACUUUCCCUCUCCCUCUAAUCCACCGUACCCGGUGAUAACAGCUACGAUACCAUGGUUAGUCAAUAAACUGCAAAUAUGUCUACUUCUUGAUCUUCACUUGAUUCCAUGUCCUGAAUGCCCAGGAGGAGUUGCAGCUUCCCCUUUUCUCCCCAAAGUCUGGGUUCCUACCUGUCUGUAGGGAUCCUCAUCACCCAGUAGAGGGCACUCUGAGAUUUGAAAAAUCAGUUCUUUCAAUAGCACCUUUAUAUUUGUCUUCACCAGUAGUGCUGAUCACAAACCUACAUUAUCAAUUCAGACUCUGGGCUUUUUGGUUUCCUUCAGGCAUCUGUAUUGAAUGGUGACAUGUGGUCCCCAAGGAAGCCUCUGGAGAGAAGGCCAAGGUCUGUCCAGCUGCAUGAGAGAAGCUGUUAGGGAACCAAUACACCUUCACACCCCAUCAAUUCCCCAUAGAAACAGAUCUGGCAGGAGUCCGCUGACAGUUACCCCUUUCUACCACCCUGGGGGCCCUCCAAACCCUCCCUACUCAUGUAAUCUCUCUCUCUCUUUCUCCCUCCCUUUUUGAAAAAUGAUGCUGAAAGUUCAUGCCUAUACAUAGCUGCUAAGAGCCACCAUUCAACAGUUUGUAGUUACCACUCUUCUCCUAAGUCUUAGAUUUUGGGAAUAAACAUAAAUGAGUCUAUAAUAAAAUCUACUCCCCACUCCCUGCAGCGAGAUAACCCUCACCUUCCCUUUUUCAGCCUAAAUAUCUCACAUUAGGUGGCAGGGGAAAAUUUUUAGGACUGAUUGGUCCUAGAGCAGCUGGAAGUAAACCUUGGCCUGGGGUUACUCACUCGUCUUGGGGUACUUGUCUGGGAAUUGGGGUUGAUACUAGCUCCUGUUUCCUGAGUCCUGCUGUGUGGUCCCAGGAUCAAUGAUGCCAAGUUUUAAGGACUCUUGUUCUUCACAACCAUCCCUGCCAAGUGGCCAUGUUUAUGUUAUUCUUUCUUUAUUUUCUUGCAGUACUAGGGAUAGAACAUAGGGUGCUCUACCACUGAGCUACAUUUCCAGUCCUUUUUAUUUUGAGAUAGGGUCUUGCUAAGUUGUAGAGGUUGGCCUGGAACUUGCAAUCCUCCUGCCUCAGCUUCCUAAGUAGCUGGGAUUACAGGUAUAUUCCACCAAACCUGGCUUGUUAUGCCCAUUCUUAGCAAAAACACAGGUUUAGAGACAUUAAGAAAGUUACCCAUAGCAAAUUGCGAUUCAAGUUGAGGUCUGUGAGGUCUGUGAGGUCUGUGCCACUCUGCUGUAUUUCUCACCCGCCAGCCAAACUUGAGGUCACUUUUCUGGUCCCUUUGACAUCCAGGGCAUCUCCUACCUGUCUGUUGCAAA